GCUUCAACCCCACAAGUAAACUCUCUCUGAUUCUCUCUUUCUCUCUUUCUCUCGCUCUCUAUCUCUCUCUCCUCUGUUUGUUAUAUCAAUUAAUCAAGAAGAUUUCUUGUGUUUUUUUUUUUCUGUUAAAGAAGAUUUCUUGGGAGAAAAUAAGGUGGAUUGAAGGAUUAGUCUUUAGGAAUGGUGGUGGAGGAGGAGAAUAGAAGCAUGGAGGAAGGACUUCUUCAGCAUCAAAACGACAGAGAUGAUCGUCGUAUCACAGCUUGUGUCAUCCUCAGCACUUUUGUCGCUGUUUGUAGUGCCUUCAGCUACGGAUGUGCCGCUGGUUAUACUUCAGGCGCUGAGACUGCUAUCAUGAAGGAGUUAGACCUUUCUAUGGCACAAUUUUCAGCGUUUGGCUCCUUUCUGAAUGUGGGAGGUGCGGUGGGGGCCUUGUUCAGCGGUCAAUUGGCAGUCAUCCUCGGCAGAAGACGAACGUUGUGGGCAUGCGAUUUUUUCUGCGUUUUUGGCUGGCUCUCCAUUGCUUUCGCAAAGAAUGUCUUCUGGCUGGACUUGGGAAGAAUUUCCUUGGGCAUAGGAGUCGGCUUGAUUAGCUACGUGGUCCCAGUCUAUAUUGCGGAAAUCACUCCAAAACAUGUUCGUGGCGCAUUUACUGCUUCAAACCAGCUUCUUCAAAACAGUGGAGUUUCCCUGAUUUAUUUUUUUGGGACUGUAAUUAAUUGGCGGGUUAUGGCCGUUAUAGGUGCAAUUCCAUGCAUCCUUCAAACGAUCGGUAUAUUUUUUAUACCGGAAUCUCCAAGAUGGCUGGCUAAAAUCCGUUUAAGUAAAGAAGUAGAAAGUUCUUUGCAUCGACUUAGAGGGAAAGAUACUGAUGUUUCAGGUGAAGCAGCUGAAAUUCAGGUUAUGACAAAAAUGCUUGAAGAAGAUUCAAAGUCUAGUUUCUCUGACAUGUUUCAGAAGAAGUACAGACGAACUCUUGUGGUUGGAAUUGGUUUAAUGUUGAUACAACAAUUAUCUGGAGCUAGCGGUAUCACAUAUUAUUCAAAUGCCAUAUUUAGAAAAGCUGGCUUUUCAGAGAGACUUGGAUCAAUGAUAUUUGGUGUGUUCGUGAUCCCAAAAGCUUUGGUUGGUCUGAUUCUUGUGGAUAGAUGGGGAAGACGACCACUCCUAUUGGCUUCUGCUGUUGGAAUGUCCAUCGGAUCCUUGCUUAUUGGAGUUAGCUUCACGUUACAGCAAAUGAAUGUGCUUCCUGAAUUGAUCCCAAUUUUCGUCUUCGUAAACAUUCUGGUCUACUUCGGAUGUUUUGCAUUCGGUAUAGGAGGGCUACCUUGGGUCAUUAUGUCUGAGAUCUUUCCGAUAAAUAUAAAAGUUUCAGCAGGAACAAUUGUAGCAUUAACAUCAUGGACUAGUGGGUGGUUCGUGAGUUACGCUUUCAACUUUAUGUUUGAAUGGAGCGCACAAGGUCUUUAUUUUCUCUAUUACUUUUUUAUUAAUUUGGAUAAAACAAUUUACCAAAAAAAGUUAAGAGUUAUCUUUAUAAAAAUACACAAAUCAAACAUAAAGUUAUUUAAAAAUCGUGUUCGAAUUUUGACAUUUGUAUCAAACAGUUUUAGAUGUGCAAAAUGUGCGGUCGGAAAAUAUCUCUUAGAUUCACGUUUUCUUCAAAUACUUUUAGCUUUUGUUUUCUUGUUUAGAUUGGAUGAUUGAGUUUUUGUUUAUUUAUUUUUUAUUUUUAGGUAUAUAUUGUUAAAUAUACUUUUAAAUUCAAGUAGGUCAUUUACAUAUUGUUUAUGGUAUAUAUAAUAAUUAAAUAGGAACAUUUUACAUAUUUGCGGCUGUCGGAGGAAUGUCAUUCAUUUUUAUUUGGAUGCUCGUACCGGAAACCAAAGGACAAUCAUUGGAAGAAUUACAAGCUUCGCUUACGGGGACAUCCUAAAUGCACAUUUAUAUUGUAAUAUACUAUUAAUUUUGUUUGGUAAAAAGAUAAAAUUUAUUUUCUGUUGUCAGUCGCAUUGCAAAUAAUAAAUGUAUUUUGUAACAUUAUUUGCAUAUUGAUAUUAAUAAUAUUUUACAUUUUUUUCCUUCGC